AUGACACCGUUCCAAGCACUUUAUGGGCGUCCACCACCCUCUUUGCCACACUACACGCUCGACGCAAACAGAUCCACUACCAUCAACGAAACCUUACUGGAACACCAAAGAAUAGUCGACCUACUCAAAUCCACGUUGCAAAUAACACGACAGAGGAUGGCAGAUCAGGCUAAUAAACAUCGCCAAGAUAAGGAAUUUUCGGUCGGUGAUUUGGUGUUGCUUCGUUUGCGCAUAUACCGCCAGCAAUCUGUAGCUUCCCGGGUUGUCGAAAAGCUGAGUCGUCGUUACUAUGGUCCUUUCAAGAUCGUUGAUCGCAUCGAGAAAGUCGCAUAUCGUUUGGAGUUGCCACCGGGCUCACGUAUACACCCGGUCUUUCAUGUGUCAUUGUUACUUGCUUGUAAAGGGAACUCGAAGUCGGAAUUUACACCGUUACCCCCAGAUUUCAUAGCUUCAGUGCAAUCAGAUGACAGUUCCGGCCUUGCGGACAAGGCCGUUUUUUGA